AAAAGUAAAAAGCUACAAGGCCCGGUCUGAAAAAGCGAUUCAACUAAACCCCCUCCGGUCCAGUACCAUCAUCGUCUUUUCCAUGAAAGCUGCUUACAGUAAACAAAAUUAGGUUACAGUUUUGGUCCUUUUUCAUCAUCAAAAGAAAAUGCCAUUCAUAUGUCAAACAGAAAGACAAAAAGAUUACAAUCUUAUACCUUCAAGCUGUCCAAUUGUCAUUGAUAAUGGGGCUUCCUAUUUCAGAAUUGGGUGGGCAGGAGAGAGCGAGCCUCGAAUAAUUUUCCGAAACAUUGUUCAGCGGCCGCGUCAUAAGAUUACGGGUGAAACAGUGACGGUUGUUGGUGACCAUGAUCCUGCAUUGUUGAGAUACUUUGAUUGCACUCGCUCUGGACCACGUUCAGCAUUUGAUAAUGAUGUGGUCUUUCAGUUUGAGAUAAUGGAAUAUAUUCUUGACUUUGCAUUUGAUAGGUUGGGGGCAGAUCGAUCUCCGAUUGAUCAUCCCAUCCUUAUUACAGAAUGUCCAUGCACCCCUGUACAUUCGCGUUGUAAAAUGGCUGAACUUCUGUUUGAGACAUAUGGGGUUCCUUCUAUAGCUUUUGGUGUCGCUGCUGCGUUCAGCUACAAGUUUAAUCAGAAACUUGGAAUUUGUGAUGAAGAUGGUAUUGCAAUCUGUUCAGGGUUUAACACGAGCCAUGUGAUCCCGUUUAUUAAUGGAGAGCCUUUUUACGAAGCAUGCUGUCGAACUAAUGUUGGUGGCUACCAUGUCACCAAUUACCUAAAGCAACUUCUUUCACUAAAGUACCCCCAUCAUAUGGCGAGGCUUACAUGGGAGAAAGUAGAAGAUUUAAAGAUGGAACAUUGUUAUAUCGCUCCAGAUUAUGUUUCUGAAGUCAGAUUAUUUCAGAAAGGGACAAAAGAAGCUGAAGAGAAGACGAAAUGUUGGCAACUUCCUUGGACGCCGGCGCCAGUUGAAGAGCCGCCAUCUGAAGAGGAGAUUGCUAGAAAAGCAGCUUUAAAGGAAAGGCAAGGCCAAAGGUUGAGAGAAAUGGCUGAGGCUAAAAGAUCUUCAAAAAUAAAUGAAUUAGAAAAUGAAUUAAAAGGAUUAGAAUUUCUUGUACACCAACUUAGAGAUGUAAACGGAAAUGAUGUUCAAUCUUUCCUUGCUGAAACCGGUUAUGUCUCCAAGCAAGAAAUUGAAGCUGCUAUUGCCAAAGUAACACAGUCUUUAAGGAAGUUCAAGGGCGAGCAAGAUGAAUUUGAGGAGAAACCUGAUAUUUCCAACGCAGAAAAAUAUACGCUUCUUGAUAUUCCUGACAACAUGCUUACACCGGACCAGAUAAAGGAAAAGAAGAGACAACUAUUUCUUAAAACGACAUCAGAAGGCCGACAGAAAGCGAAACAGAAGCGUUUUGAAGAAGAACUGGAGCGGGAAAAGCGUAAUAAGGAAGAUGAACAAAGGCGCCUCGAAAACCCUGAGCUUUACAUGGAGCAACUGCGUGUCAAAUACCGAGAUCUAUCUGAGAAAGUUGACCAGCGGAAACGACUCAAGGCCAAUGGUAAUGGAACCGAUAACAAUACAUCAGGAGGUGUUGGUCGCGGGGAGAGACUGAAUGCUCUCCAGAAGGAAAGGAUGCGUUUGUUGACAACUGCAGCAUUUGAUAGAGGGAAGGGGGAGGAUACUUUUGGAAUGAAAGAUGAAGAUUGGCAGUUAUAUAAGAAGAUGAGCAAAGAUAAUGAUGACGAGGAUGAGGGACCCAAUGAGGAUGAGACUGAGCUGGCUCGCGUUGCUUCUAAACUUCGGGAACUAGACCCCACAUUUUUUCCAAACUCAGCAGCGAGCUCAUCUGGCACUGAACCACCACGUAUCCGUCCUUUAACAAAAGAAGAUUUCCAGAUACUAAUCGGUGUAGAAAGGUUCAGGUGCCCUGAGAUUCUUUUCCACCCAAACUUAAUUGGGAUUGAACAGGCGGGAUUAGAUGAGAUGGUCGGUGUAUCAAUACAAAGGUUGAAAUCCAGAAGUCAAAGUUUGGUAGAGAACAAGAAUCUGACCAGUUCAAUCCUUAUAAAUGGUGGAAGCUCUCUUUUUCCUGGGAUGAGUGAACGUUUGGAGGCAGGAAUCCGUAUGAUUAGGCCAUGUGGGACCCCUAUAAGGAUCGUUAGAGCAUCAGAUGCAGUCCUUGAUGCGUGGCGUGGAGCCUCUUCUUUUGCGUCAACUAGGCAUUUUACCCGUCAAGUUUUUAACAUGACAGAUUAUUAUGAGAAAGGUGAAAAUUGGCUCCGUGGAUACCAAUUGAAGUACACAUAUUAGUUACCUCAUAGUGACUACAGAUUUAGGAUAGUAAUAUGAGUGCUGAUUGAUUUUAGUCUUGCUGGUACUAUACUUGUAUGCAAGUAUUUCAAUGCUCUCGUGCUGUUGAUACUCUGUAAUUCGAUACACGUACUCUAGGCAAUUAAUUUUUUUUCCUUUUCUA